UUUACGGGAGAGUCUUCCGGGCUGUCGUUGACCAGGUGGGAGUUCACAGGGCAUGCGGAGGUCGUGUUGUGCUUUUGUUUUUGUUUUUUUUAAUUUUUUUUUGCUUUUGAGCUCGUAUUUUUGUAGCUAGCUGGGACUCGUGAUGUGAUGGCCUUCCUGAGUUUGUUCAUGAGAAGGCAGCUGACGCCGGCCGUGUCCCACUUCGUCCGGACAGUGAAGCUGGUCCGGCCUCCGUGCGCCCGAGCCCCGCUCAGGAGGCUGCACGGCUCCGCACGGCUGCGGCUCGGAGAGAAGGGACCGUGGGGGAAGAGCCGGGCGCCCGAGCAGCAGUACCAGCUCACAGACCUCGACAAGGCGGAUGCUUUGAUGCUGAGAAAGUCCCACGAAACAGGAUUCCUCUCGUGGUUCAGGAACGGUCUGCUGGCGACUGGGAUCGGAGUCAUCGCGUUUGUCCAGAGUGAAGUGGGACGAGAAGCAGGAUAUGCCUUCUUUAUCCUGGGAGCUGCGUGCGUGUCGUUUGGCGGCGCCUCGUACCUUGGCAGCCUUUUCGCCUUGCGGAGGAUGAUGCUGCUGUCUGUGCCGGCACUGCUGCUCCAGAGCACCAUGGUGGGCAGCGUCGCCCUCUUCUGGCUCGGCGCGGUAUCUCUCUACAUCGGCCGCCUGGAGGUGGAGAUCAUCCACGAGGAGGAGGAGGGAGAGGACGAGGAUGAGUGCCAGGAGUGCCGCGAGAGGCGCGAACACAGGGGUUACCGUGGCUCCCAUGACAGCAGACAUCAGGACAGUGAGGACAAUGACGGCAAGGGGUCCAACAAGUAGACACCUUGCAUGGAGAGUGGAAAAAGGGUGUGUGUGCGUGCGUGUUGCUUUGAUUCAGGGUUCCUCCUUAUUUGUUUGUGUGUGUGUGUGUGUGUGUGUGUGUGUGUGUGUGUGUGUGUGUGUAGA